AACUGAAGAAGCCUUUCGGAUGAGAGGUGAAACGUCUUCAAGAAACAAAAAGAAGUCCAGUCGCCUUUUUCAAGCUCCAGAGAAGGCCUUCUAAACUUCCACACAGGUCACUCUACCACUGAACCAAAGCUCCACCACAAGAGGUCAGGUUGCCCUGAGCCCAGCUGUGUGUCCAUGAAGAGUGACAGCUCAAAACAAGGCCUUCUAAACUUCCACACAGGUCACUCUACCACUGAACCAAAUUUUCCCACUGCUAAGAGUCUUGAGGUCAACAGUGUUCAGUCAACCCAACUGCAACAACAAACUCUGGACUCCAUAUUUAAGCAAGUUGAAGAGAACAUCCACACUUUGGUGACAAAUGAACUAAACUCAUUCAAGAAGAUUGUGAUGGGCCAAAAGGAUCAGAGAAAACACGAGGAGGUAGUUUGCGGUGAUAAUGAAGAGGAAAGGAGGAGCAACAGAGAGGCAGUUAUGAAGAUCACUGUGUACUUUCUAAGGAGAAUGAAGCAGAAUAAACUGGCUGACUCUCUCCAGUGCAAAUCACUUGCUGCCAAAUUCAAAUCAAAGUUGAAGAGGAAAUUCCAGUGUGUGUUUGAGGGGAUCGCUAAACCAGGAAAGCCGACCCUUCUGAAUCAGAUCUACACAGAACUCUACCUCACAGAGGGAGGGACUGCAGAAGUCAAUGAUAAACAUGAGGUCAAACAGAUUGAAAUAGCAGCCCGAAAACCAGACAGACCAGAAACAACAAUCAGACAAGAAGACAUCUUUAAAGCCUCACCUGGAAGAGAUGAACCAAUCAGAACAGUGCUGACAAAGGGAGUGGCUGGCAUUGGGAAAACAGUCUUAACACAGAAGUUCGCUCUGGACUGGGCUGAAGGCAAAGCCAACCAGGACAUCCAGUUCAUGUUUCCAUUCACUUUCAGAGAGCUGAAUGUGCUGAAGGAGAAAAAGUUCAAUUUGGUGGAACUUGUUCAUCACUUCUUCACUGAAACCAAAGAAGCAGGAAUCUGCAGCUUUGAAGACUUCCAGGUUGUGUUCAUCUUUGAUGGUCUGGAUGAGUGUCGACUUCCUCUGGACUUCCACAACACUGAGAUCCUGACUGAUGUUACAGAGUCCACCUCAGUGGAUGUGUUGCUAACAAACCUCAUCAGGGGGAAACUGCUUCCCUCUGCUCGACUCUGGAUAACCACACGGCCUGCAGCAGCCAAUCAGAUCCCUCCUCGAUGUGUUGACAUGGUGACAGAGGUCAGAGGGUUCACUGACCCACAGAAGGAGGAGUACUUCAGGAAGAGAUUUGAAGAUGAGGAGAAGGCCAACAGGAUCAUCUCCCACAUCAAGACUUCACGAAGCCUCCACAUGAUGUGCCACAUCCCAGUCUUCUGCUGGAUCACUGCUAAAGUUAUGCAAACUGGAAUGAGAGAACAGCUUCCCAAAAGCCUAACUGAGUUGUACAUCCAUUUCCUUGUGGUUCAGGCCAAAGUGAAGAACGUCAAGUAUGAUGGAGGAGCUGAGGCAGAUCAGCACUGGAGUCCAGAGAGCCGGAAGAUGAUUGAGUCUCUGGGAAAACUGGCUUUUGAGCAGAUGCAGAAAGGCAACCUGAUCUUCUAUGAAUCAGACCUGACAGAGUGUGGCAUCAAUAUCAAAGAAGCCUCGGUGUACUCAGGAGUGUUCACACAGAUCUUUAAAGAGGAGAGAGGGCUGUACCAGGACAAGGUGUUCUGCUUCAUCCAUCUGAGUGUUCAGGAGUUUCUGGCUGCUCUUCAUGUCCAUGAGACAUUCAUCAGCUCUCGAGUCAAUCUGCUGGAAGCACGACAAAGAAGCUCCAAGAAGUAUGAAACAGGAAAAUAUUAUUCUGAAGUAAACUUCUACCAGAGUGCUGUGGAAAAGGCUUUACAGAGUCCAAACGGACACCUGGACCUGUUCCUCCGGUUUCUCCUGGGUCUUUCACUGCCAAUCAACCAGAGCCUCCUGAAGGAUCUGUUGACAAAAACAGAGAGCAGCGGACAGUCCAGUGAAAAUACUGUACAGUACCUAAAGGAGAAGAUCAGAGAGAAUCCUUUUUCAGACAGAAGCAUUAAUCUGCUUCACUGCUUGAAUGAAAUGAUGGACAGCUCUGUAGUAGAAGAGAUCCAACAGUACGUUAGUUCCACAACCUUCUCUCCAGAUAAACUCUCUUCUGAUCAGUGGUCAGCUGUGGUCUUCAUCUUGCUGUCAUCAGGAAAAGAGAUGGAUGCGUUUGACCUGAAGAAAUACUCAGCUUCAGAGGAUGUUCUUCUGAAGCUGCUCCCAGUGGUCAAAGCUUCAAAGAAAUCAGUGUUGAGUGGCUGUAAUCUGUCACACAGAAGCUGUAAAGCUCUGGCCUCAGUUCUUAGCUCUCCAUCAUCUAGUCUGAGAGAGCUGGACCUGAGUGGCAACGACCUGCAGGAUUCAGGAGUGAAGCUGCUUUCUGAAGGACUGCAGAGUCCGCAUUGCAAACUGAAAACUCUAAGUUUAUCUGGCUGCCUGGUAUCAGAGAAAGGCUGUGCUUCUCUGGCUUCAGCUCUAAAGUCCAACUCCACCAGUCUGAGAGAGCUAGACCUAAGCUUCAAUCAUCCAGGAGAGAAAGGAAUAAAGCUUCUCUCUGAGGUUCCAAGCCUCAAACUCAGAGCGGACCACUGUGGAGCCUGGAGGAUGAAACCUGGUGUGAAAAAGUAUGUUUGUGACCUCACACUGGAACCAAACUCAGCUCACAAAAACUUGAAGCUAUCAAACAACAACAGGCAGGUGACCACGGACAGAGAGGAACACCCAUAUCUUGACCAUCCAGAAAGAUUCUACUGCUGGAAACAGCUGAUGUGUAAAAAUGGCAUAACUGGUCGCUGUUACUGGGAGGUUGAAUGUCGGGGAACAUUUGGGAUAGCAGUGACGUACAGAGGAAUUGAAAGGAAAGGAGAUAGGCCCUACUGCUGGCUUGGGGGAAAUGAUCUGUCAUGGAUUCUGGAACACACUAAUCAAGGUUGGCUUGCCUGGCAUGAUAAUAAUGUACAACAUGUGCCAGCACCCUCAAACACUUGGUCCUUCAAAGUUGCAGUAUAUCUGGACUGGCCUGCUGGUACUCUGUCCUUCUACAGCAUCUCUGGUGACACUCUGACUCACCUCCACAGUUUCCAGUGCUCCUUCAAAGAACCUGUGUUCCCUGCAUUUAGGUUUGGGACUCAGGUUUCAUCCGUGUCUUUAUGUGAGCUUCAGGAAAGAGAGUCAGCACCUUUGUAGAUUAUAAAAAAGAAAUGCUUCAGCCAGUGGUGCACACAUGUGCCCCACAGUUGCACAUGUGGAUCAGACUGUGUAUAUAGAGAAGAUAGACAUAGCCCAUCAGCCACUGGUUGUGAACUUCCAGUGUGGCAUUUUGGCUGCAGACGUGAUUGUUUUUGGAGCCAGAUGUGACCAUAUUUGGAUGGGAGGGUGGAGUGCUAAGCUAUAAGCUAAGGCUGGCUAGCUUGGUUAGCAAGCUGCAUCUAUGUUCUGUACAGGUGCCAUGUGCAAACACACUUUUUGAGGCACCCUCAUGUAAAUGCACGGAUUUUCGUCAGACUCAGUGGGAAUUCAA